AUGGCAAGCUCCGUCCACGACGUCUUUUGCGCGGAGAUCGUAGGAGAGAUUUUGAGACAGCUCAAGAUUUUCCAAGAGCAGGACGGAUCCCUUGCCGUAUUCGCUAAAGAAAUCAAACACUUUGCGACUUCCCGACUUUUGAUCCCAAUUGAAUCAAGUGGCAUGCUAAAGGCCUACUCGAAACGGGAGCCGGACGCAUCCUUUGGUCACAGACUUGCACAUUAUCCUGGUGUGAUCAUAGAAGUCUGCUAUUCGCAGAAGAGCCAACGAGCGGCCUAUCUUGCUGAAGAGUAUAUUCUAGACACUGACGGGAGCGUAAAUGCUGUCCUUAUCCUUGACGUCGACUAUAGAGGUUCACAGAAAGCGACAGUCACGAUGUGGCGACCGGUCUACAAAAUCCAUGAUGGGGUGGAAGAAUUCCCAGCAGUCGUCGUUAUAGAAUCUCAGCAGUUUCGCUCAGACAAAGGCUUUCCAGUCGAAUGUUUCCGGAUUUCGUUAUCGCUGAAGGACUUCGCGACAGAGGAACUAUGCAAUGGGGUUCAUGGUUCUGAUGGAUGUAUUACGCUUACUUCAAGCCAACUUUGCAAGUUCUUGUCCGACGCUGAAUCAAGGCAAAAAUCGCAGAAUGAGAUAUCCGGGUCUGUCAAUCAAGUACGUCCGGGGGCACUCAAGCGUCGGCGGGUACGGUCUCCCCCCGAACAACCAAGCUCCGACGAUAAGAAGGCAGGUCCAGUUGGUCAGAAUUCCAAACGAGAGCGUUAUAGUGGUGACUACUAUCCAGAGUCUUGCUCAGAAGACUCGAAGAAUUAG